AUGUGCAAAAGUUUCGGUUCUAGUUUGUCUGGUCCGGCGCUCCAAUGGUACACGAAUCUCCCGAACGGAUCCAUCGAUUCAUUCGCUCAGCUUACUGACACCUUUGUGGAACAGUUCGCCAGCAGCAAGAAGCUAGAGAAGUUGUCGGCCGACUUGUACCGAGUAUACCAACGGAGAGGGGAACCAUUGAGAGAGUACGUUAGCGGAUUCAACAAAGAGAAGAUCUCUAUUCAUUCCUGUAACCCCGAGACCGCUGUGGACGCUUUCAGGAAAGGCCUCCUCCCAGAUGGAGAACUAUACAAGGAGCUUACAAAGCUGGGUUGUACCACCAUGGAAGACGCUCUGGCCCGAGCCGUUAUCCAGAUAAGGUGGGAGGAAGAUGAGAUGAACCGAGCCGCCCAUUCCAGAUACGAACCAAGGCGGAACGACAGGAAACCAGAGCCUAGACCGGCAGAGCACCGCUACCAACCCCCCGCACGGAAUAUGGGCAGAGCAAGGAGACCAUAUGACCGCCAACCCUUGAGAAGUAAUAACAGGCAUUCGGGAUCGAACCAGUUCAAAAUACCAGAAUACAGUCUCAGCAUCGAACCAACCCAGGUCGUAGAGAUAAUGAAAGGAAUGGGAUCCGCUGUCAAGUGGCCUGGUAAGCUCAAUCCCAAGGCAAGGAGAGACACAACCAAGUGGUGCGAGUUCCACAACGAUCAUGGGCAUAACACCGCGGACUGCAUCGCCUUGCGGCUCGAGGUUGCCGCACUUCUAAAGAGAGGACACCUCCGUGAUCUACUCACUGACAAGGGGAAGAACACCAUUAGCCAGAAAAGCUCCAAACAACAGUCGCCCCCUCCGCGUGAACCCACACCGAAGGGUUUCUGCUCACUAAUCUCCGGAGGAUCAGCAAUCAGUGGGAUAAUUUACUCAUCAGCAAAACGACAUGCUAGAACUAGCCAUCAUGAAGUCCAGUCCAUCCAACCGGUCUCGAAGUCAUACUCCCAUCAGGUAAUUCAGUUCGAGGAUGACGAACCAAUCACCCUAGCCGCUCCUCACCAUGACGCUUUAGUCCUCUCCUUGCAAAUAGCCAACAUCCUAGUGAAAAGAGUGUUCGUAGAUGGGGGUUCGUCAGCAAAUAUCCUCUUCCUCGAAGCGGUCAAAGCAAUGAGAAUCACUUUCAAGUAA